AUGCUAAUACAACCAGUGAAUACAUCAGAGACCUCAUUUAGUGGAAAAGAACACUUCAUCAGGCAUAGACGAUCCACAAAAUCAAGCCAUCCCAUGAAGUCGCACGUUCCUGAUGAGCACUGCAAGGUUGUAGCAGAAAAGAAGAGGCAAAAGAAAAUUAAAUCAACCAGUGACUGGAGGGAGAGAAGAAAUGCCAUUCGACUUACCAACGAGUACACAGUAGAAACUCUGGUGGUGGCAGAUGCUGAUAUGGUCCAGUAUCAUGGUGCAGAGGCUGCUCAAAGAUUCAUCCUCACAGUUAUGAAUAUGGUGUACAACAUGUUCCAACACCAAAGUCUUGGAAUUAAAGUCAACAUUCGAGUCACCAAACUAGUCCUGCUUCGCAACCGUCCUGUGAAGUUGUCUAUCGGGCAUCAUGGAGAGAGGUCUCUGGAGAGCUUUUGUCAAUGGCAAAACGAAGAAUAUGGUGGGGCAAAAUACCUUGGUAACAACCAGGUUCCUGGCGCGAGGGAUGACACCCCUCCUGUGGAUGCUGCCGUUUUUGUAACCAGGACAGACUUCUGCGUACACAAAGACGAGCCUUGUGACACUGUGGGAAUUGCUUACCUGGGAGGUAUCUGCAGUGCCAAGAGGAAGUGUGUUCUUGCUGAAGACAACGGUCUCAAUCUGGCUUUUACAAUUGCACACGAACUUGGGCACAACAUGGGAAUGAGCCAUGAUGACGAUCAUCAACCCUGCGCAGGGAGAUCUCAUAUUAUGUCUGGAGAAUGGGUGAAGGGCAGGAACCCAAGUGACCUUUCCUGGUCUUCAUGCAGCCGCGAUGACCUUGAAAACUUCCUAAAGUCCAAGGUCAGCACCUGUUUGCUGGUGACAGACCCCCGAAGUCAGUACGCGGUGCGGCUCCCUCACAAGCUGCCUGGAAUGCACUACAGUGCCGAUGAACAGUGCCAGAUACUUUUUGGGACCAAUGCUACAUUCUGUAAGAAUAUGGAGCAUUUGAUGUGUGCUGGCCUCUGGUGCCUGGUGGAAGGAGAUACAUCCUGUAAAACAAAGUUGGACCCACCUCUGGAUGGCACCGAAUGUGGCGCGGACAAGUGGUGCCGAGCUGGGGAGUGUGUCAGUAAAACUCCCAUCCCUGAGCACGUUGAUGGAGACUGGAGCAUGUGGAGUCAGUGGAGCAUGUGCAGCCGGACGUGCGGCACCGGAGUGCGGUUCAGACAGCGGAAAUGCGACAAUCCCCCCCCGGGGCCAGGUGGGAAGAACUGCCGGGGAGCCAGUGUGGAGCACACUGUGUGUGAGAACUUACCCUGCCCGAAAGGUGUGCCAGGCUUCAGGGACCAACAGUGCCAGGCCCACGACAGAUACACUAACAAGAAGAAAAGCCUCUUGACAGCUGUCAUCAUUGAUGAUAAGCCCUGUGAGCUCUUCUGCUCUCCGUUGGGGAAGGAUUCCCCCGUGCUGGUGACAGACAGAGUCCUUGAUGGCACUCCGUGUGGGCCUUAUGAGACCGACCUCUGUGUACAUGGCAAGUGCCAGAAAAUUGGCUGCGAUGGAAUCAUUGGCUCAGCUGCCAAAGAGGAUCGCUGUGGAGUCUGCAGUGGUGAUGGCAAAACCUGUAAAGUGGUGAAAGGCGACUUCAACCACACCAAGGGGAUGGUAACCAAUAGUCAUUGUAAGAAGGUUUCCACAUGUGUGAUGGCAAAGGCAAAGGCCGUUCCCAAGUGUUUCUCGUGUUACAUCGAAGCAGCUGUGAUCCCUGCAGGUGCCCGGAGGAUCAGAGUGGUUGAGGAUAAACCUGCUCACAGUUUUCUGGCUUUAAAAGAUUCCAGUAAGAGAUCCAUUAACAGCGACUGGAAAAUUGAGCUUCCUGGUGAGUUUCAGAUCGCAGGCACUACUGUCCGGUACGUGCGAAGGGGUCUGUGGGAGAAAAUCUCUGCCAAAGGACCAACUAAAAUACCACUUCACUUGAUGGUGCUGUUAUUUCAUGACCAGAAUUAUGGAAUUCAUUAUGAAUACACCAUUCCUGUAAACUAUACUGCUGAAAACAGAAGCGAGCCAGAAAAGCAACAGGAUUCUUUGUACAUCUGGACGCACAGCGGAUGGGAAGGCUGCAGCGUGCAGUGUGGAGGAGGUGAACGGAAAACCAUUGUGUCCUGUACCCGAAUUAUUAACAAGACCAUGACACUGGUGAAUGACAGUGACUGUCAACGAGUGAAUCGCCCUGAGCCCCAGGUCAGGAAAUGUAACACACACCCCUGCCAGUCACGGUGGGUGACCGGCCAAUGGAGUCCCUGCUCUGCUACUUGUGAGAAAGGUGUCCAGCACCGGGAAGUGACUUGUGUUUAUCAGUUGCAAAACGGCACCUACGUUAACACGAGAGACCUCUACUGCCUUGGCAACAAACCGACAACGGUACAAAGCUGUGAAGGACGGGACUGCCUUUCCAUCUGGGAAGCAUCAGAGUGGUCAAAGUGCUCGGCAGACUGUGGCAAGGGGAUUCAGAAAAGAACAGUGACAUGCACGAAUUCUCAAGGAAAAUGUGACGCAGCCACCAGGCCAAGAGACGAGGAAGAGUGUGAGGAUCACACAGGCUGUUACGAAUGGAAAACAGGAGAUUGGUCUAAGUGCUCUUCAACCUGUGGGAAAGGCCUCCAGUCACGCGUGGUCCAGUGUAUGCACAAAGUCACCGGGCGCCACGGCAAUGAGUGCCCUGUCCUGUCCAAGCCAGCGGCCUACAGGCAGUGCCACCAAGAGGUCUGCAAUGAGAAGAUAAACGUCAACACAAUUACCUCGCCCAGACUUGCUGCUCUCACGUACAAGUGCACAGGCGACCAGUGGACAGUGUACUGCAGGGUGAUCCGGGAGAAGAACCUGUGCCAAGACAUGCGGUGGUAUCAGCGCUGUUGCCAGACUUGCAGAGACUUUUACGCAAACAAGAUGCAGCAGAAGAGUUAAUGAACCUGUGCUACUUCUUAGAGUAUUACAGCUGUUUGUAUGUAAAUCACGGACUAGUAGGUCUGAGUACUGGAACUUCAUGAGUUGCUACGAUGUGGUGGAUCCCAAAGUAUACCUAAUAAGACUUGAAAUUAAUUCUACAGACUGGAUACCAAAGUAAUCCACUCAUCCACCUUAAAAAAAAAGAAACAAACAGAAAGAGUUAUCUCAAGGAACCAAUCAUUUUAUUGUAUUUUGUCAUCAUUACAUUUUUCAUUAAUGCUUUUUACUUUAAUAUAUUAAAUCACCAGCCACUGGAUGGCUUGCUACC